AUGUCAGCAGCGGCAGCGAUUGCGCAACCGCCAUCGGCGCCAACAAUACCUCACGUCGGUGAUACGAGCCCCCGUCCCAGUGAGACCUCAGAUGACGUCUCAACAUUGAAGCCCGCCGCUCAGGCAUCGUGGAAAAAGAAGCAUGGUCUGCAUCUCGGCCGCAGCCACAGCAACAACAGCGCAAAACAUGAGAUUAAUCGCACAGCAUCGCCCAAGCGCUCCAAGACGUUCUGGAAGUCGUUCAAGUACCUCCUUGACUUGACGCCGAAACAAGUCGACGAUUUUAUGGCGUCCUACGUCAUUUAUAGCCUCGACUGGGCAGAUGAAGAGCAAAUGAUCAAGACGCUCGGCCCAGAUUACAAUGCUAAAGUUGGCGACUGCUUGCAGGCUUACUACGGAGUCUUGAAUCACCUCUGCGCGCUGGGCGAUGUGGAGAAGAUGUACAUCCCACCUUUGAUGGACAAGAAGGCGUCCGUUCUCGACAACCAGAUGUUGUACGAGGAGUCCAUCGCCCGUGACAUUGGUCUGAAGCCCGGAGACAAGGUUCUAGAUCUCGGAUGCGGUCGCGGAAGAGUCGCGGCCCACAUGGCGGCCGUAACCGGUGCCGUGGUAACCGGUCUCAACAUCGACCCGAACCAGGUCGCCCAGGCCAGGGAAUUCACCGCGCAGAUGGGCUUGCAAAACAGCUUCACAAUCCAAGACAUGAACGAGCUGCCGCUACCGUUCGAGGAUAACUCCUUCGACGCAUUCUACCAGAUCCAGGCACUCAGCCUGUGCAAAGACCUCCCGAAACUAUUCAGCGAGCUGCGCCGCAUCCUCAAGCCUGGUGCCAAGAUUUCGUUGCUGGAUUGGGUUAGCCUGCCGGCAUACGAUGCGACGAACCCGGAGCAUGCGGAGCUGAUGCGGCGGACAAAGCCGCUGAUCGGAGCUGUGGGGACCCCGACGCCCGAAACUUUCGAAAAAGCCUUGACAGACGCCGGGCUCUCCAUUCUGAGGUCCGACAACGCGAGCAUAGAUGAAUUGCAGGCGCCGCUUAUCGACAAGGCUGAUGUCUACUUCCGCAGUCUGCGGCAGGUCAUUCUUGGGCUGGUCAAGGUUCACCUGCUGCCGCCCCACUUCAAGACGCUGAUCAAUCGGCUUUGUCUGGAUGGGCAGGCCUUUGUUAAGAUGGACACCAUGCGGCUGGUGACGACGAGUUAUAGAAUCAUUGCGCAGAAGCAGUAA